GCUAGAUCACUGAUACAUACUUAAUUUGCUGCAUUCUGGGCAAGGGAUCGAGCACUAGUCGGGCCCUUCUCAGGGGUGUGCCUGGCGUUCUCCCACACCCUUUCAUUCUAUUACAAGGGCUUCGGCGCCAUCUGAGCACCUUGUACGGAUACCUCGCGUUUUCCAGCCAAUAGCCCAUCGUGUCUCGCAACGCACAGACCGAAGUCUUAGAUGUCAGACAUAGACCCCAUCAGUAACCCUCUGCCUGAACUUCGGCCGUAUCAUGUCCUUGUCACUGGCUUUGGUCCUUUUUCUCGCUACUCCGUCAAUCCUUCGUGGCUGGCAGUCAAUCCCCUGCACAAUACAAUAUUGAAGGUCGACAUACCAUUGGAACCCGUCCCCCCGGUAGACCCGUCUCUCACCAACCUUGAGGCACCUCUCACCGCGAGUCGCGAAAUCCGUAUCACUGCUUGUCGAGGUCUUCAUGCUCGCCCACCCGUUCUGCCUCCCAGCUCGGAUCCUCUCCUUCCCACUCCUUUUUCCCCUCUGGGGGGUUUCGAUCUUUUCUUCCACGUCGGUGUUAUUGGGAGAGGAUCACUCAGAAUGGAACGCGUCGGCCACAAGUUUGGCUACAACAUGAAGGAUGCUGCAGGCUCACUUGCUCCCAUCGUUCGCGUAUCAAGGGAGGAAGGAAACCAACCUCCUGUCGCACAAAACAUGGACAUAUCGCACUUCAGAGAUACUAUAGACUACAACGUCCCAUCUCCCGUGGACGGCAGCGAAACGCCGAAACGUGGCUUCGGGAAAGGCUACGAAUUAUUUGCAGAGGAAAUAUAUACUGACGUAGACGUCGAAAAAUUGGUGCACCAUCUCAAGAUCUGCGGGUUCGAUCAGAUAUACACAUCGAUGGACGCUGGUCACUACUUAUGUGACUUUUUGUACUACUGUUCAUUGGCAGAAAGCAAACGCUCCACAAAGAACGAUAAAUCCACACCGGCCUCUCAGGUCCUUUUCUUGCAUUGUCCACCGGUGGGUUUGCCUCUGAGCACCGAGGAAGUGACAGAGGCCAUUAGGAAGUCAAUCAUGUGGCUAUGCAGGGCUCCUGCGCAAUGAACGCUGGCUUGCUCUGUUUGUUAUGUAUCACCUUGUACCACGUCCACCGCCGGUUCCAUUAUCCGUCAUAACUAUCUACAGGGUAUAAUGUGCAAUGCAACUUGUUGUCCAGGUAGCAGAGGUCCGUGCAUUUGAUAGAGUAAGCGCCGAACCUCGUCAGUAGAAACCUAGUUUACGAUUGACCGUGAAGCGAACAUCUUGAUGUCAUUUUAUAUAGCAAAGCCUAGUGAUACUACAUACAUGUUAUAGUAACAACCUCC